AUCCUCCUCCUCGCAUAGUAUAUUAUUGUGUAGCGCUCAUAUGAGGAGACAAACGACGAGGGUGAGUGGAAGUGGUAGGUUACGGAUUUUUUUUUUUUUUUUUUUUGGCAACAAGCGUAAAUGAGCUCGAGGUGGUGGCCGAAACGAAAGUAGUAGUAGUUCAAUGGAAAAAAAAAAUAAAUAAAAAAAAAAAAAAAGAAAAAGAUGAAGUGAAGACGACGGAAUGGCAGUUAACGGCGCUCGGGCACUUUUGUUGACAGCGGACGUCAGCAGUUAGGUUUGGUGGACGUGGAGGAGAAGGAGGAGGAGGAGGGCUUUGGCUGGAUCAACGCUGUUGAACCUGGUUGACUCGCUCCGUCUGUCCGUCUGUGUGUGUGUAUGUGUGUGUGUGUGUGUGUGUGUGUGUUGGAUUCAGUAAAAGUCAAACAACCCCACACACAGAACACCAGAAGACAACACACAGGCGCAUGGCCUGUAUUCUAAUGACAGACAUGGACCCACCCAGUCCCAGAGCAGAUCCCAAUGGUCACCUUCCAGAUCAUGACCCAGCUGCUGGACUCAACCCCAAGCAGGACAUGGAUUCCCCCUGCCUCACUGUCCACCUUUACUACCAGGGGAAGGAUGGAGGAGCCAAUGGUUCAGAAAGUGUGCUCACGUUUCCACCUGGGGAAUACAUAGCAGAAGAACUGUGCAUCAGUGCAGCGAAGGCAUGCGGCAUUAGUCCAGUGUACUGCAACAUGUUUGGCCUGAUGAGGGAAAGUGACCGGAUAUGGUUCCCUCCUAAUCACAUCUUUAAACUGAACCAGUCAGCCAGUGAGAGCCUGCACUUCAGAAUCAGAUACUAUUUUCCUGGCUGGCACAACAGCAGCAGUUCAUUGCAUGCCCAUCGCUAUGGCAUGCCCAAGGGGAUGGAGAGCCCUGUGAUGGAUGACUGUGUCAUGGCGUACCAAUUUUUUCAGUGGCGGAGCGACUUUCUGAACGGCGGGGUUUGUAUUCCAGUGAGCCACGAGGCCCAGGAGGAGUGUCUGGGCAUGGCGGUGCUGGAUAUGAUGAGGCUCGCCAAAGAGAGCGGUCAGUCACCUGUGAGCAUCUGCAAUGAUUACAGCUACAAGUCCUUCCUGCCAAAAUGCAUGCGUAGCCGCAUCCAGGAGUACAACAUGUUGACUCGGAAGAGGAUCCGCUACCGCUUCAAAAAAUUCGUCCAACAGUUCAGCGAAUGCAAGGCCACGGUGUGUAACCUCAAGCUGAAAUACCUGAUGAGUCUGGAGAUGCUGCUGCCCUCCCUCUUCUCAGAGCGCUUCUCUCCACGCGAGGUUACCAUCGUUGUCAUGGGCAACAAGGGCAUCCUGUGGUCAAAAGGGAAAGAGGAGGAAGGAGGAGAGGAGGAGCUCCAGACAUACUGUGACUUCCCAGAGAUGAUUGACAUCAGCAUCAAACAGUCCAAUAAGGAAGGCUCUGCAGAGAGUCGCAUAGUCACCCUCACCAAACAGGACAAUCAGAUCCUGGAACUGGAGUUUGACCUGCUCUCUGAGGCUCUGUCGUUCGUGUCAUUAGUCGACGGCUACUACAGACUGGUCGCAGACGCCCAUCAUUACCUGUGUAAAGAGGUGGCUCCGGCAAGACUUCUGGAGUGCAUUCAGAGCUACUGCCAUGGCCCUGUGUCGAUGGAGUUUACAAUUGGUAAACUGCGUCGCUCUGGUAACCACCAAGGCUUGUACAUCCUCCGCUGCAGCCCCCGAGACUACGACAAAUACUUCAUGUCCUUUGUGGUGGGGUAUGAACCUAUGGUGGACUAUAAGCACUGUCAGAUCAUGAAGACGGAGGCAGGACAGUACAUCCUGAGUGGUGCUAAGAGGAGCUUCGGCUCACUCAGGGAACUUCUGCACUGUUACCAGAAGGAAGCGCUCCGCACUGAUGGAUACACAUUCCAGCUGACCAGAUGCUGUCCACCCACCCCGAAAGAUAAAUCCAACCUGCUGGUGUGUAGAAAUAAUCAAGGGGCAGAGGUUCAAGCGUCUCCCUCUCUUCACAAGCACAUCAGCCAGAUGGUGUUCCACAAGAUCCGAAAAGAGGACCUCGUCAUCAAUGAGAGUCUGGGCCAAGGAACAUUCACCAAGAUCUUCCGUGGUGUGAAAAAAGAGCUGCGGGACUAUGGAGAAAUACAUCAAAUAGACGUUAUUAUCAAGAUCCUGGACAAGGCUCACCGCAACUACUCAGAGUCAUUUUUUGAAGCAGCCAGUAUGAUGAGCCAGCUCUCCUACAAGCACCUUCUCUUCAACUAUGGCGUGUGUGUUUGUGGCAAUGAGAACAUGAUGGUGCAGGAGCACGCUAAAUUUGGUUCACUCGACACUUACCUGAAAAAGAAAAAAAGCUGUGUUAACAUCACCUGGAAGCUAGAAGUUGCCAAGCAGCUAUCCUGGGCUAUGCACUACCUGGAGGAUAAGAACCUCAUUCAUGGAAACGUUUGUGCCAAGAAUGUUCUUCUGAUCAGAGAAGAGGAUCGGACCACAGGCAGCCUGCCCUUCAUUAAACUCAGUGAUCCAGGCAUCAGCAUCACCGUGCUGCCCAAAGAAGUUCUGGUGGAGCGUAUACCAUGGGUGCCACCCGAGUGCAUUGAAAACCCCCAAAACCUGAGUUUAGCCACAGACAAGUGGGGCUUUGGGACCACCCUGUGGGAGAUCUGCAGUGGGGGAGACAAACCACUCAGCACCCUGGACUGCUCCAAGAAGAACUUGUUCUACGAGGACAGACACCAGCUGCCGGCUCCUAAAUGGACAGAGUUGGCCAGUCUGAUCAACAGCUGUAUGGAUUACGAGCCCUCACACCGACCCUCCUUCAGAGCAGUUAUCAGAGAUCUCAACAGCCUCUUCACACCAGACUAUGAGCUGCUGGUGGAAAGCGAUAUGGUGCCCAACAGGAGCAGAGAAAUUGGCUUCCCGUGGGCCUCCGAGAGCCACGAGCCCGCCCAGUUUGAGGAGAGGCAUCUCAUCUUUCUCAAGCAGCUGGGCAAAGGCAACUUUGGUAGUGUGGAGAUGUGCAGGUACGACCCCCUGCAGGACAGCACAGGUGAGGUGGUGGCCGUGAAGAAACUACAGCACAGCACGGCCGAGCACCUCAGAGACUUUGAGCGGGAAAUCGAGAUCCUCAAAUCCCUCCAACAUGAAAACAUUGUCAAAUACAAAGGAGUCUGCUAUAGUGCAGGACGGAAGAACCUACGGCUGAUAAUGGAAUAUCUCCCCUUCGGCAGUUUGAGAGAUUAUCUCAUAAAACACAAAGACCACUUUGAUUCCAAGAAACUGCUGCUCUACGCAUCACAGAUUUGCAAGGGUAUGGACUACCUCGGCAUUAAACGAUACAUCCACAGAGACCUGGCCACUCGAAACAUCCUGGUGGAGAGCGAGAUGAGGGUGAAAAUCGGUGACUUUGGCCUGACCAAGGUGCUGCCGCAGGACAAAGAGUACUACACUGUGAGAGAGCCCGGGGAAAGCCCCAUCUUUUGGUAUGCUCCAGAGUCGCUGACAGAGAGCAAGUUCUCCGUGGCGUCAGAUGUUUGGAGUUUUGGUGUUGUCCUCUAUGAACUCUUCACUUACAGCGACAAGAACUGCAGCCCACCAGCAGUGUUUAUGGACAAGAUGGGAAAUGAAAAGCAAGGCCAGAUGAUCGUCUACCACCUCAUAGACCUGCUGAAACAGGGAUACAGGUUGCCUGCUCCUGCUAACUGUCCAAAGGAGAUUGACAAGAUCAUGACAGAGUGCUGGAGCAGUGAGCCCAAACUGCGUCCUACUUUCAAGACAUUAAUCCACAGCGUGGAGACUGUACGUGACAUCAUGGACAGAUGAACGGCAUUGAUCCCCGAACCUUUGACCUUUAGGUGCUGACCGGGGGGAAGUCAGCCCUCAUACAGAUCUUAACAGAACAACAAAUGUCUUUGUGACGUCUGUGUUUACUGCAGCGAGGCAGUCACUAGUCUCAAGUAUACUUGGUUCCCAGCCUAAUUAACAUGAUGUCAAAGAGCAGUUUAGUCACUGCUUUCAACGGCCACAGGAAGUACCAAUGAUCUGAUUAGUUAGUACACUACAUCUGACUCAGACAUCAAGCAAGAGAUUAUUUUCUCAUGCCUUUUAGGUCAUUGCAUUAUGGGAUAAAUGAUUUUCUUUGUGUUACUUCUACGUCGUGUUUUACAAAUUUCAUUUGACGAUGGACUGGAUUUCAAGUUGAAGCCUUAAAGUCAGUAUCGGUGCCAAAAAUAUACAAAAACUGCUUUUUUUUAAACACGUUUGUACUUUUAUUGUUGUAAAACGAGCAGCUUAUUUUGUUAAACCAAAGAGGCCAUUGGUUUCUCAGCAGACUGUUAGCCGUCCAGUUGCACACCUGAACUACAAUGCACUGCUCGUAUAUAUAUAGCCAGACUUUUCAGGGCUGAAACUGAGCAGGAUUCCCCCUGCUGGACAUCCACACAUACUUCAACUUCAGUCUCUGUCACAAGGGGACCAUGAACAUCUGUGGGUGGUUCCUGCAGUCACAGUGAACUUGUGUUUUUUUAUCUCUUCGUUGCACAUCGUGGAUGAACAUGUUUUUCUGAAGCUGAUAAAGCGACGAGAAGCGGCGUCCUGUUUUGACUGUUUGCUAUGACUACACGAUGUUUCCACACAAUUGAUGUCAAGGCUUUGUUCGUUUACAUCAUUUCAUGCAAUGUGGAAACAAUGAAAUACAUUCACAGCAAUAACUACUCACCUGAGAAAUGGGUACCUAAUAGUGUCAUAUCAAACUCAUACAGUGUCAUUCUUGUUUUUGUAUGAUGUCUGCUUGUAUGUGAGAAGUUCAAUGGUUUUUACUGAAAGUGGAGAAAACGUAAUGAAGCGAGAUGCUUUUAUUUUCUGCAGAUGUUGCAACAUGUUUUAUUUAAAACGUAUCACUGCUGCCGAGGAGGUCUUUUUUUAGUGCUGUUUGAUCGUGAUCAAGGAAGAACUCUUCUGAAAUAACUUAUUAAUGUUACAAAAUAAGUUAGUUGUAACACCGGUGUCUCAACAUAUACCAAACCUUAGAGCAUCUCAAACAACACUGUAGAAACAAAAGACCUGCGCUCUCAGAGUUCCCAUUUAGUUUACUUUUGUUCAUGCCAUUUUCCAUUUCAAAAUAUACAUGUAUGUGUGAAAUAUGUCUAUGUAUUAUGACGUGCAUUACUUUGUCAGCCACGUAUAUGUACGAGUGGCCACAAGGGGAUUUUUUUUUGGUCUUUAUUUUUAAGUUUAAAACUUUAUGUUACCGACUGAAAGAGGCAGGGAUCUGUGAUUUCGUGGAGCAAACACCUCUCCAAGGUUGUUUCACAUGCCACACAAACACAAAAUGUCAAAGCACGGAUGUCCUCUCACAUCGCUGAAGAUGAGUCACUGUAAAGAGUUUUCUCACUUACAAGCUCCCACACCCAAAACCUCUAGGCAGUAUUUAUACUGAGGAUCUGGCCUGACUGGAUAUUUUAAGCGUCUGUUGUGAGUUUGUUUGUUUCAGCCUCACAGGUUCAAUUUUUAUUUUUAUUUUUUAUAUUUAUUUUAAUUUACAACUUUUAUUGUGAUAUACAUGCUUUUGGUGUAUAAGACCAAAUGUGUUUAUUUUGUGAAUUAUGUAUAAUUUUUAUCCAAAGAUUUUCAGAAAAAAAAGUGUUUCACCCGAUUUUAACUGGUUCUUCUGUUUAUUUCAGUUCAUCGAGGCUUGUUUUGUCAUCUGCAGAUACUUUUUUUUUUAAUACAUUUGUGUAGAUAAUGUAAAUAUCAAAAUACAGAAAUGUGGUAUAUUUCAGGCAUGUACAUACUUUUAUUAAACAAAACCAACUGUA